AUGCAACUCGGUGUAGUCACGCAUUACUUCUAUCGCGUCGAAUAUCAACAUCGCGGCACUCAGCAUGUGCAUUGUCUGUUUUGGACAAAAGAUCGACCACAAGCUGAUGCAAGUGCUGCCGAAGUGGAGGCGUUUCUCGACAAAUAUGUGACUUGUCGUAUGCCGGACGCGAAAACGGAACCCGAGCUUUAUGCGGCUGUCAAGAAUAACCAGAUGCACUGGCCGACGCACUCGAAGACGAGCCGGCGACGUCGGAAAAUCAAAGGUCGUUGGACGACAGAAGUGUGCCGGUUCGGAUUCCCAAGAUUGGGUUAGUUUGAAAAUGAGUCUAUUAAUUUUGUUUUUCGUUUUGCAGUAUGCCGACGAACAAUAUUUUUUGUUGGUGAUCGAACGGUAAAGAAGAUGGGAUGUGAACUGCGUGAUAGAGCCUACCAUUUGGCGAGGAAGAAGGAAGAAACGAUGAUAAAUGAUUACUCGCCGGGAAUGGUUCUCACGUGGGACGGAAACGUGGAUGUACAGUUUAUUCCCGAAGGAAUCAAAAAUAUCUUGUCCUAUACUACUGGUUACACGAGAAAGGGUGAGAAGGCAAAGCGGGCCGAGGACAAAUCGAUAACACGGAUGGCGAUGGAAGGCAUGAAGCAGUCGGACCUCGUCUGGAAGAUCGCUUACUAUAUGCUCGAGUAG